AUGAGCCCCCAGGAUUCGAAAAACUUUGCGUCGACGGACCUCAACCCCAAGACGACCGACUCUACUGCCCAAGAUGCCUCCUCGCGACGACAGCCCCCCUCCUCCUCCGCCGCCUCCGCCCAACUCGCCAGUGCAAAGGUAGAGCUGAAGCGCAACCUGCGCCACUUUGCCGACUUCCCCAUCCCUGGCAUUGACUUUGUUGACAUCAUGCCCCUCUUUGCCAACCCGACUGCCCACGUCACCCUUCUCGAUGCCCUCGAGCUCCAAAUCUCCCAGGCUUUCCCCGACACCCGCCCCGAUGUCAUCGUUGGUCUCGACGCCCGUGGCUUCCUCUUCGGUCCCGGCCUCGCUAUGCGCCUCGGUGUCGGCUUCUCCGCCGUCCGCAAGCAGGGCAAGCUGCCGGGUCCUUGCGCCACCGCCGAGUACGUCAAGGAAUACGGCAAGGAUCUCUUCCAGAUGCAGGAGGACGCCAUCAAGCCCGGCCAAAAGGUUCUCAUUGUCGAUGACAUCAUUGCCACUGGUGGUUCCGCCAAGGCUGCCGGUGACCUCGUCCAACAGCUCAAGGGCGACAUCAUUGGAUACCUCUUCAUCCUCGAGAUUCCCGGCCUGAACGGCCGCGACAAGCUUGAGGGUGGCCCCACGACCAUCCUCAUGGACGAAGUCUAA